ACCAAUUAUAAGAACUUUAUAUUAGUGGCUCAGCAGUCAGCCCUGCCAUGUACAAGUGUACGGAUACAUACAGAGUAUACAUAUAAUUCGAUAGCGUAGAUAAAAAUCAAUGGCUUCCACGGUGAUUUUAUGUAAUUAUUCGAACUGUUGCUCCCCAAAAACCCUAGAAUCAUUCAGGUCAUCUCUAUUUCCAUCCUCGAAAUCCGUGCUAAAGCUAAAGGGUCGGUCUUCACUCAGAUUCAACAAGCUAAAAAGCCGUCAAAAUGAUGUCGUGCCUGUGGUCUUCGCUGCACAAUCCAGUUUUAUUAAAGUUAUUCAGACAGUGUGGAAGGUUGGGAAGGAUGGAGUUGAGGCAGGAACGGAUUUGGUGCCUGAUUCUGUCCCAAGACCGGUAGCAAAGCUUUCGGUGACUGUUGUUGGAGUUUCUCUUGCACUCUUUGUACUCAAGUCAUUUUUGUCCACGGCUUUUUUUGCGCUGGCUGUGAUGGGACUUUGCUAUUUUGCAUUUCUGGCAUUAAACAAGGAUGAAAGCUCGAAAGGGGGAGGAACUACGUUUACCGAAUCUUCUACAGAUGACUCACUGGAAGAAGCAAGAAGAAUAAUGGAGAAGUACAAAUAGAAGGUCUAAAUUUGGUGGUUCUCAUUUUUAUCUAUCAAUGAUUCCAUCCCAUUUCUAGUGACUGGUGACUUGGGUAUGAGUUGUUCUUCGAAGAAUGAAAUUCCCAAGAAAUCAUGUGUUCUCUUUAUGUUCUGUUGUAUAUACUUUUACAGUGAAUACUGGAUUAUAGAUAUUUUUUAGCAAAUGUGUUUAAUAUUCAGUAUAGCUAAGAAGUAAAAGUCCUCAA